GUCUUGUACUGCAAAACGCUCCACUGGCGCUAGUUUCAAUCGGUGGACAGUACAUAGCCAUGGCUUGGUAUUCACUAUCAUACAUACCAUAUGCGAGAAGAUGUAGAUUGGAAACCUUGAAAACAAAUUCUAACUUCAGCGAUAUGCUUACGGCAAGUUACGAAGGUUUCGGCAAUAUAUUCUACAUUGUUAUACGUUUUGGUGUCGGAAUAGGUUACUGUAGUAAAGGGAACGUAAUUUUCAUCUAAGA